CAAGAAUUUUGUUAAUAGUAAUUAGAAGUCAGCUCUUUGGUGACAAUCCAUAAACGACAAACCAAAGAGGCUAUGGAUGAUCAUGAUCCUGAUCAAGGCAUCAACGAAAUCUCCACUGUUGUUGUUAUUGAUAAUGACAACAAAUCGAGGAAACAAAACUUAGAAGCUGAGAAGCGACUCAAAAAAGUGGAACAAGAUUAUCUCCACACAAGCCAAAAGUACACAGAAAUCAGAUCACAGUCGUGGGGCAUAUAUGAUGAGAAAAGGCGUGCUGUCAAUAGCAGUCGCUUGGCUGCAGACUACAUUGACCGCUGCAACAACCUGGUAGAGCAAUUACAGAAGGCUCUUGACAAGCUACCUAAAGGAGAAACAGCAGAAGAAACCAUUGAUCAUAGCCAGCAAUUCUCAUUACUUCAUCAAAAAGCACAAUUUCAAGAGCUGGACUACGAAGGAAAACGCGAAUUCAGAGAAUUUAGCAGAGAGCUAAACUGCAUCCGGAAAAAAAUGCCAAGAAGUGACAGCAGAAAAGCUGGACGAGAUCUCCUGAAAGAUGUUUGUAACCCCACAAGUCAAGACAGUUUGAAGAAUUCUCUGGAGCUGGAAUUAAAAGUUCUUAAGAAGCUAACCAGAAAACUUCAAAAAGACUGGGAAGAAGAACUGCAAAUAAAGCAAUAUGCAAAGAAUAUAUAUAAAGAUUUCAAACAAAAGGUGAAGCAUCUAGAGAAGAAAAAGGAACACCUUUCCGGACAAUGGGACAAAGAAAAAAAUAUCAUGCUCGAGACAAAGAAAACGCAUGAUACGAAGACGCAUGAUAGGAAGACGCAUGAUCGGAAGAUAGGUACAUAUCCUGAGGCUUAUUAUAUAAUGAUGGUGAAUGAUAACGUACCAUGA